CCAAGGGUUUAGAGUUGAGCGCCCAUGGGGCAGUCGAUCGUGCGACAGUGCCCGUGCACCGCUCGUGAUGGUCAUGAUGGGCUUGGAUUAGAGCAGCUGCAAAAGCUCCAAGUGCUGGAGCUCUUUGCUGGCAUCGGAGGUUGGCGUUUGGCGCUUGACUCGGCCGCUUGUGGCGCCUCCAUUUCAGCCUACGACAGUGGACCUCACUGCAGUGAGGUUUAUGCCCAAAACUUUGGCGAGAGCUGCUGCCGGCGGAACAUUGUGGUUGAUGUCACCACCCUGCCAGCCAUUUUCGACUACACGAGAAGCAAAACAACGGGAUCUUCAGGACAAGCGCUGUGCUGCCCUGGAGCAUUUGACCAAGAUGUUGCCCAAACUUGAACGACCUCCUCGAUGGAUCGCCUUGGAAAACGUCAAAGGCUUUCAUGGAAGUGAUGCAUGCGGCAAAUGGAGAGCUGCUUUGAGAAGUGCUGGCUUCCGUGAUCGUGAGAUUAUCCUUGAUUUGAUCAGCUUUGGAACGCCCAAUCAUCGUACUCGCUACUACCUUCUGGCAGAGCGAGAGACCAAGAACCUACAGUCGCUACCACCACCUUGCGUGAGGCCCAACAAGGAGCAUUUGCCACCAGGAGUUCUGAUUUCUGGACCAUGGGCGGCAAAUCGUCGUCACUCCCUGGAUGAAGCGCAUGCCUCCGCCAGGGCAAGGCCUCACCAAAAGGAGAACAUCUUCCGCACCGAGAGGCGAAACUUUCUGCAGCACCUGCAGGUCGCCUGCCGCCUUCCUCAGAGCUGUACUGAAGACAACCUGACUUUAGCAGGCACUUCGAAAUGGAAAUUACUGCCACUGCCACGUGCCAGAAGUGAUGCAUUGCUGUUGUGCUUUGAAGAGCCGCAAGUCUUGGACACCAAUGGGGACCUUCAACAACUGUUACAGCUGGGCCAGACGGUGGAAGGAACGACUUGGACUGUGCAAUCCAACAUGUCGCCAUGCAGACCUGUGGGCGAUUUCUUGGAGCAGCUUCAAGAAGAGGAGAUAGCGGAGCUAAGCCUUUCAGCAGAGAUGCUUUCACGACCAUAUGCACCUGGACUCAGCUAUGUUGGCCGCAAGGAUGUCAGGAGUUUCUGCUUUACCGGCCAUUACGGCAAGGUGAUGCACAAGUCCAGUGGUUCUUUGCUUUACUUGGCAGAUGAGCCUGUGGAUCGCUCCGCUUUGCCAAAGAGUGUGGGCCUGGUGCGCUUCUUCAGCCCUAAGGAGAUUUUGAACUUCUUGGGCUUUCCUGAAAGCUACAAGUUGCCAAGGGACAUGGAGUUGAAACAUCGCUACAAGGUGGUCGGCAACUCCAUUGCUGUCUCUGUGGCUUCAGAGUUGCUGAGACUGCUGCUGCGCGGAGAGGGUGCAGAGCGGAUCAAAGCUUUGGAAGAAAUGCCUCACAGGUCUUCUCAUCAUGGCGCCACCGAUCCCAACGCGGGCUAACGAGCAAAAACAGACAUGAUUCUCGCACUGGUCAAUUGCACGUGCAU